AUGAGUCUACGAGAAAUCAGUGAGAAUGUGAAGCUGGCCCGUGAAUACGCCUUGCUGGGAAACUACAACUCGGCCAGUGUUCUCUAUCAUGGAUUGCUAGAACAAAUCAAAAAGUAUGUGUACACCGUGCGGGACAGCAGUUUUCAGCAGAGAUGGCAGCAGUUGUGGCAAGAAAUUAGUGAAGAGAAUCGACAGGUUCAGGAUAUAAUGUCGACUCUGGAGAACUUUCAGCUGGACACGACGCCUGCUAAGCCCAGUAACAAUGAUGAUUGUGAAAUAAGGCCCGUGCAUGUGGAGCAGAGACAUUCUCCUUGUCCUGUCAGGCGGCCUGCUAAUCCCUAUAAAGACAGCAAAGCUCCCAACAACCGCCUGAGUGUGGCUGUGAGGGCCCAGCAGAGGCACUCACCUCGUGGGGCCAACGGGGACAGAAGCAAACCCUCCAAGGGCAAAGAAAAGAAGGAGUCAAAAGAAGCAAAGGAGCCCACUGGCAAAACAAAGGAUGAUAAGAACAAAGCAGAGUUCCAGGAGAAAGAAGUGAAAAAGUUUGAUGGGACAGGAUAUGACAAAGACCUAGUGGAAGCUCUGGAGAGAGAUAUUAUAUCUCAGAAUCCAAACGUUAAAUGGGACGACAUUGCAGACUUGGAGGAUGCAAAAAAACUCCUGAAAGAAGCUGUCGUGUUGCCAAUGUGGAUGCCAGCAUUUUUCAAAGGCAUACGAAGACCAUGGAAGGGGGUGCUUAUGGUGGGACCUCCAGGUACAGGGAAAACACUUUUGGCCAAAGCGGUUGCUACCGAAUGCAGAACCACAUUCUUCAAUGUUUCCUCAUCUACUCUCACAUCAAAGUACAGAGGGGAGUCUGAGAAGCUAGUUCGCCUUCUUUUUGAAAUGGCACGUUUUUACGCCCCCACUACAAUCUUCAUUGAUGAGAUUGACUCCAUGUGCAGCCGCAGAGGGACUUCAGAGGAACAUGAGGCCAGCCGGAGAGUCAAGGCAGAGUUACUUGUGCAGAUGGAUGGGGUCGGGGGAGCAUCAGAAAACGAUGACCCAUCAAAGAUGGUAAUGGUGCUGGCUGCCACCAACUUCCCGUGGGACAUUGACGAAGCUCUGAGGAGACGGCUGGAGAAGAGGAUCUACAUCCCUCUGCCUUCAACCAAGGGGCGAGUGGAGCUGCUCAGGAUCAACCUGAAAGAACUGGAGCUGGCCAGCGAUGUGGACUUGGACAAGAUCGCAGAGCAGAUGGAGGGUUACUCAGGAGCUGAUAUCACCAACGUGUGCAGGGAUGCCUCUCUGAUGGCCAUGAGGCGCAGAAUCGAGGGCCUCACGCCAGAAGAGAUCCGCAACAUUUCCCGGGACGAGAUGCACAUGCCGACCACCAUGGAGGACUUUGAAUCGGCUCUGAAGAAAGUCUCCAAAUCUGUGUCUGCAGCUGACCUGGAGAAGUAUGAAAAGUGGAUUGAAGAGUUUGGGUCGUGCUGAAAAAAUGCCAGCGUCCACGUCGUCUGUGUCUGAUUGUGUAACUAGCGUGAGGCUGUGUGUGGGUAAAAGUGUGUUUUAGCAUGGCUGCGUGCGUCUGGCUGUGGCUGUGUAUUUUUCCGAAUCAGUUAGGUGAUAUGGAAGAAGGUAACCAUUGUUACAUUAGGUGAAUAGAGUAAGUGCACUUGAAAAAUAGCACCUCUUCCUAUUGUACAUUAUGUUAAUGUUAUAAAGCCUAUAAAGGUGACUGAAGAGUCGCCUCGAAGAACUGAUGGGGAAAAGUUGAUUUUUCUCACGUAAUACCAAAACUUUUUUGGAUUCAUAUUGAAAAUAAUUUCAAUUGCAAAAUGUUUUAAUGAUCUUGAAAUCAUCAGACAUGUUUCCUGUGGCAGUUAAAUUUCCAGAGAUGUUAAGCUGCUACUUUGCCUUCCUUAGCGUCAUGACAUUUGCUUUGUGCCAUUGUGUCUUUUUUUUUCUUUUCUUAAAUGCACUUCAUUUUAUAUGAAAUUGCAGACCUGUGUGGUUCUUUCACAUUUUUGGGGAUGCAAAUUUUUUUGAACACAACACUAACGGGAUAUUUCUAUAAAUAAAGUUAAUAAUGUUUAUGGAUA